AAAAUAAAUGAAGAAGAAACUUUUCAAUUACUAAAUACAAUAUGCAGGAUAAAGGGAAACAAUUGUUCUUAAAUUGCCUGAGAUCCUAAAUUGUUAAUACAAUAUGGUGUGCAAACAUAUUUUCUGAAGCCAUAAACUACAGCAGGAUCCAUAUGCUGACCUUAGAGGUGGAAUGAACAUCUCUUCGUGCCACAGAAUUCAGUACAGUCAUGGCACAAGAAACCUGAAAGUGCAAGAAAAACAAAAUCAGCAGCUGGAUCUUGGCACCAUAGCAGACAAAUCAGUGUAAUAAAAGGUAAUAAUAAAUCAUUUAAAGGCCGAUAGUUUUAUAUCAAACACUUCAGAUCAAUAAUACAGAUAUCUGAGAGAGUAUUUAUCUUCUGUGUGAGAUAAUUGUAUAGUAUUCAUUCAAAUAAUCUAGGAAACUGAGUGUGAGAUAAUUCUUGCUGAAUUCACCCUUGAAAUUCCUGUGCCUGAUGGUCUUGCAGAUACCAAGUCACCGUGCUACUUGAUAUCGUGAAUACAGAAAGCCAUUACAGAGGAUGACCCGGCUUCCAAGUGAAAGCCCUCAUAGUAGCUGCAUGGUCAUGUCACCCAGUCAGUACUGAUUCCAUUCGCAGGGAGAGACCCUCGGCCAGAGAACUGUGCGGGUAGAGCAACUGUCCGUAGCUGAGCUGUUGGAAGAGAGGUACUAAUGUGGUACUAAUGAUCCACUAAUGUGAUUGUAAUUAUAGUCAGAAUUGAAAUCAAUAGAGGCAAAAUUUUCCAACCAAAAGGGUCAUUAAACCAUCUGUUCCUCAGGAAUUGGUAUUCACAUAUAAUUCUGGGCAAUUUCAAGAGGGAUCCUUGGCUAAGAAUCAUGGGAAUGGUGAAAGUCAGACAUUUCUCAAAGUAAUUCAGCAUAGUCCUUUGUCCUGCCUGCCAGCAAUUUCAAACACGCGUCACAUUUCUCAGGUUGCCUCUCUUAUCACUAGAGAGUAACAUGGGCUGUGAUAGAGGGUGACACAGCUAUGAGAGUCAUUCUUGCUCAGUUGUCUCUAUCAGACAACAAGGACUAGGCCUUUGAUGCCUAGCCAAGUAAUUGUCUUGAAGAGGGAAAUCAAUCCCAGCAACUCGCAUCUUUCUUACCCUUGCUAGAAGAACUCAUGUUUUUUAUCACUUAGCUACUCCUAUAGUAGCAUAUUCCUGCCAUCAAAGUGUUAACAGAGCAAGUAGUUAAGAUGAUACUUUGUGGGGAACAAAUGAAAGAGAGAAACAGUCCGAGUAACAAAACAGCAUGUUGUUGAUUUAGGGACAUUCAAAAGAAAAGGAAAGGUGCUAGAUCCUAAACAGACUUGCAGCUGGCUUGAAGUGUUACUUACUUUGUUAGUAUAUGUACAGGCACACAAACACACAUAUUUUGCUACUGCAAAAUGCUUUCUCCUGGGUGCUUGUCAUACAAUACUUGUCAUUUUGGCUUGGUGGAAAUAAAAAUCAGUUCAUUCCUUCUUUUCUAUUUGGACGGUCAUUUUCUUUAGAACUUUCAGUCUGUUUCCAGAGAGGGAAAAGUGACAAUAUCUACAUAAGAGAAAAAUUUCCUUAUGUGUUUUAAAAACCCUCAAAAUUAAAAAAAAAAAAAUAGAAAUGGAGCAAUCCCUGUAAUCCUCACCCACAUGGAAGAUUUUAAAAUUUUGAUUCUUUAAUCAUGCAGUGAUUUAAUUCCUUUCUGAUAUCUGUGUAAUAUUUCUACCUGUUAGUGAGCCAGUCUGUGGGACUACAAAGAUUGCAUUAAUAUCAUGCAGCACAGCAAAAAUGACAUCUAUACAGCUGAACACAGCUCUUCAGAAUAGGUACCAUUGUACGAGAAUAAAGAGUAUAGUCUGUGAUUGACAAGUUGAAGGAUGAUCAAUUGAUAUCAUUGCAGUUAGCAGUAGUUUGUUCAGGAGAAUCCAAAUUCUGCAUUUGUUCCAGCUGGAAUGGUAUGUUACAGACCUUGCUGUCAUCAUUUCACUUUGUCUUUCUGUGUCCGUAGGGACAUGCGUGUACCUCAUGACUGAAGAACAGGAAGGAGGUGGGAAAUAGGGAGGUGGCUGAUCUCUAUUUUCCCGUAAUCAACGAUCUACAAGUGCCUUGGAGAGCAGAUGCUGUUGUUUGCAGGAUCGGAUCUUGCGCCUUUUAUGUACAGUGGGCAGCGUUAGUAUUCCCUGUUUUCCUGGGCUUCCAAUUGUGCAUUACAGAGAGCAGCAGAGGGCGCAGCCCGGCGUGGAUUCCUCCCGCUCCGGAUUUCCCCGUCCAGGGAUUUCCCACUCCACCUCGACCACAGCCUCUAUAAAGAGGACACUGGAGCUAUGCUCGUGAACUGGUGCAGAGCAGCAGGAUCUCACUGUGCUUCUUAACGGAGAACAGAAACCAAGGCUUUUGAACCUACUUUCUUUACAUAGUAACAGCAAUUACGAAUGUUAAAAGAGAUGGGAAGAACAAGCCAAGCUGUGCUAGUAAUUUUGUAUGUGUUCACGACUGUUAAAGCUUUUGAAAUGGAGAUUAUACCUGCUAACAGAAUUGUUAAACAGAUCGGAGAAACACUCAGACUCACAUGCAAUACUACUGGCUGUGCAUCACCAAGUUUUUCCUGGAGAACCCAGAUGGACAACCCCCUUGGAGGAACAGUGAAUAACUAUAGGACAUACUCUACCUUGACUAUGAAUCCAGUUAGCAUUGUGAAUUCUCAUGACUAUCUAUGUACUGUCUUCUGUGGUGAGAAAGAGAAAAAAGAGAAGAGUGUCAAAGUUGAACUUUACUCUUUUCCCAGAGAUCCUGUCAUUGAGAUCAGCCCAUCCUUAGUUGCUGCAGAACCAGUCACUGUCAUCUGUAAAAUUCCUGAUGUGUAUCCUUCUCAUUACCUGGAAGUACUCCUAAAGAAAGAGGAACAUGUUCUUCAUGAGGAAAAUUUUUAUGAAGAUGACAGCACAAAUGCAGAGAACAAAACUGUCAGAUAUUCGUUUAAUCCCACGGCUGAAGAUAUUGGGAAAGAGAUCACCUGUGUGGCCAAGUUACCCAUUCCUAAUAUGGACUUUGAACCCAAAGAAAGAGUAACUUCUGAGAAACUGACUGCAAACUUUGGCCCACAAAAUACUGUCAUUACUGCAUCUCCAGGCAACUGGCCAAUGGAAGGAGACACUCUAAACCUCACUUGUGUGACUGAGAGUAAUCCACCAGCACAAACAGUUUGGAGAAAACAUCUGGCUGAUGAAAGCAUUCAGCUUCUGACAACAAACAAUGUCCUCUCUAUUCCUGAUGCCCAUUUCACUGAUUCAGGACUGUACAUCUGUGAAGUGACUAAUCUGGUAACAAACAAAACAGAGAAAGCAACUGUGGACAUAGUUAUACAAGGUGCUCCAGACAUUACAGAACUCUCCAUUGAACCUUCUACCACAGUUCAAGAAGGAGAAAAUGUUUCCAUACGAUGUUCUGCUGAGGGUAACCCUUCUCCAAGGAUUAUUUUAAGGAGAAAACCUGACGGUGCAGACUUGGGGCCUUAUAGUGAGGGGAGAAUUCUCCUUCCAUCUGUGACGUUCCUAAAUGGAGGAGACUAUGAAUGUGUAGCAGAAAAUAAGUUUGGGAAAAGUAGAAGUGAAAUAACACUUAAUGUGGAAUAUGGACCAAAGAAUACAAUGAUCUCUGUUAUCCCUGCCACUGCUGUUAAAGAAGGAGAAACUGUGAUAAUGAAAUGUACUAGUUCUGGCAAUCCGGCUCCAGUGAUCUCUUGGAAGAAAAAGAAGACUACUGGGGAGCCUGAGAAAAUUUAUACAGAUGCAACUUUAACCAUACAGAACAUAAAAAGUCAAGAUCUGGGGCUUUAUGAAUGUGAAGCUUAUAACCAAUUCGGCAAAGAAGAAAAAGAUGUGAAAUUACUUGUUCAAGUUCCUCCCCAAAAUAUCACUGUGUUAGUAUAUCCAUCAGAAAAUGUUAAAGAAGGAGAAAAUACCACUAUUACAUGUAGCACAUACAGUAACCUACCAUCAGAGAUGGUCCUGAAAAAGGUCCAUCAGGAGAAAGAAAUUAUUCUGCCAUCAGUGAACAGAAACUUUAUACUCUACAAAGUCACCAAAAAUGAUAGAGGCAGAUAUUUGCUUGAUGUUUUCAAUGAGGUUGGAAACAACAUCACAGUGAUUGAGAUAGCUGUUGUAGAAAGAUUGGAAAAACUGGAUCAAAUGAUCCCACUGAUUAUUGCAUUUUCCUCUGUGACAGCAGUAGCAGUACCUGCAGUUGCAAUUUUGAUCUACGUGUCAAGAAAAGCAAAGAUAAAUGGAUCCUACAGUCUUGUAAAAGCACUCAGGCUGAAAGUGUGAUCCCAUGAAUAGAAGUCUAAGUUCAUAAUAAGCAAUGUUAUUUAUUGUUGGGACUGGUUCUACUUUUCUGUGGCAUACAGUAACAAACAAGUGACUUAAGAACACCACCACGUGAUAGCAAAUGGAUUGUUUUCCUGUUUUGAUAAGUAUUUUGGUAUUUCAAUUAAAGGAAAAACUGGCAUCCUAUCCUAGAAGUGGGUAAUUCACUUCUGUGUUGAAGCAUGCUGAACAAAGAGUGCCUUGGAGAACUAAGUUUGUACAUAGUGUAUCAUUUGUGUUGUAAAUGUGUUCAACUGACUAUCAGUUUGUAAACUUGCACCCUUACUGCAACUGUACAGGGAAAUGUUCAGUCAAAGAUGUAAAUCAGCAUUACUUGAGCUGAUCAGAUGAUAAUAUUUUAUUUUGUAUUACCUACAGAGCAAAUGUUUUUAAUACAACUUGUCUGCUUGUGGUAAUGUUUGGAAAAUGUUCUCUUUUCACUCAUGUUGCCAUAAACCCUGUCCCUUCAAUGAAAUUCCACAGUCACUGGGCUAUGCAUUUCUGAUAAUUUAAAUGAAUUUAAGCUCUCAA